AAAUGGCUGCUGGAGUGCGCACGCGCAGUCUGGGUUGUGCCGCUCUGACUUACCGCGUUGACUACCAUUAAAACACAUUUACACUAACUUUUAAACACAUUUACACCAGACAUGGCGUCACGCCUGAUAAGCAAGAGGAUGUUUUGCGCUGCGAAAGAGACUGCAAGCCUACCUCACUCAAAAAGUCGUUGGGAAAAACUGAAAACUAGCAAAGCAGGUGUUUGGAGUCGCAGUCUGGCCUCUGACUACAAAGAAGCUUGCCGGGAAAUGGUUGUUGGCAUGUACGAGCGUCCGGUCAAAGCCUCAGUGUACGCCUCUCUGCUCGGGGGAGCAUUCGCUUGUUUCUUCUCCAAACCCGAUAAAUCUUCCUUUGACGCCGCUCUGCUGGAGCGCUCCGGUCAGCUGGGUCUGCUGUCGUCAUGGAUCCGCAGUGGAAACUCCGAUAAACAUGUGCAAAAUCUGCUUAAGCUCCGCAAUGAGGGCCGUCUGCGGCACAUCAACCUGGGAUUACUAUCUCUGGUUUAUUUUGCCGACCACGACCCUGACAGCACACUCUAUGAAGCUCAGUGUUCCAGUUUGUCCGUACUUUGGAGGAACUUACCCGGGCGGGUCAUGGAUGUAGGCUUUGCCGGCCACUGGUGGAUUUUGGACUCAAAGAUGGCGAACUUUGACGUUAAUGAAGAGGAAUUCGCGCGCCUGCCUGCACAUAUGCAAUCAACAACGCCACCCAGUGCUCAAGAGGUGGAAUUGAAUGAGCGACUGCACAGAGAGUCCUGGUUAGCGCUGAAACUAGAAGCUGAGAAGUAGAUCCGUGUUAAGGAUGGACCAAAAAAGCCAUUUGCUUUAUCAAGAAUGGCGUAUUAUGUAACGUUUGAAGAAUGCAGUUAAUUAAAUUAUGUCUAAAUAAAUGUGUUUUACCGGAAAAAGCUGAAA